AUGGCGACCUUCGGCAACGUCGAGGCCCAGCUGGCGCCGGACCCGGCCCUGUCCGGCCCCGCGCCGACGACGAAGCGCAAGCUCAAGCCGAGCAUCACGAUCUCGGGCCUCGCCGCCGAGGUCUUCUCCGUGCGCUUCUCGCCCGACGGCAAGUACAUCGCCGCGGGCUGCGGCGACGGCGCCGUGCGCGUCUUCAACGCGAAGACGGGCACGGUGUCGCAGACCCUGUCGACGGGCUCGUCCGAGGGCCUGCCGAGCACCAUAUUGCGGUUCCGGCCCUCCGGCGACGGGUCGCGGACGAAGAACGUGCUCCUGGCGGCCAACGCCAUGGGCGUCGUCGAGCACUGGCACGUCACGUCGGGCAAGUGCCUCCACAGCCACGUCGAGGAGGGCGCGGACAACCAGAUCUACGCGCUCGACUACGCGCCGUCGGGCGCCGAGUUCGCCGGCGGCGGCAAGGACUGCGCGAUCCGCGUCUACGACGAGGACACGCGCAAGCUCAAGGCGACCCUCAAGGGCGGCAGCGGCUACGGCAUCAAGGCCUCCGCGGGCCACAGCAACCGCAUCUUCUCCUGCAAGUUCCACCCGACGGAUCCGAAUUUACUGGUCAGCGGCGGCUGGGACAACACGGUCCAGAUCUGGGACGCGCGCGCCGGCGCGUCCGUGCGGUCCCUGUACGGCCCCCACCUCUGCGGCGACGCCAUCGACGUGAGCGCGGACGGGUCGAAGAUCCUCACGGGCUCGUGGCGGCCCGAGGACCAGCUCCAGCUCUGGGACUUCGGCACGGGAACGCUCGCGGAGACCGUGCCCUGGACGUCGUCCCUCAUCCAGCAGCGCGAGCCCUGCAUGGUCUACGCGGCCCAGUUCGCCAAGGCGCCCAAGAACGGCACGGAGCCGCUCAUCGCCGCGGGCGGCUCCGGCGCGAACGAGGCACGCGUCUUCGACUGCCACGCGAACUACGCCAUGGUCGGCACGGUCGCGGGCCUCGAGCGCGGCGUCUUCACCCUCGACUUUUCGCCCGACGGCAAGCGCCUCGCCGUCGGCGGCGGCGACGCGACGAUCCGCGUGCUCGACAUCAUCGGCGCGGACGAGUGGGAGCUCGAGCGGCCGGGCACCGCGGCCAACUAG